AUGAGUUCUGGUUUUUCUUAUCCUCAACCAACAUUCACAUCUUCAAUCUAUAACCCUGCAUUCUACCUAUCGUUGGAUGCCAGUGGUUUUCUAACGUAUGACUAUGCUCAGACUCUACAUCUAAACAAGUAUGACUAUCGUUUGUCAUACAUUACCGGUAUCUCUCAAGGAAUUGCAACCCAAGGAGUAGCACUUGUCCCUGGAUCUGGUGGUGAUAUCAGCGGCCUCGGGGCAAUC